GGCGGGCGCGCGGGGCUCCGGGACAGCCGGUCGAGCCCUGGGGCUUCGGCCGCGACACCUGGAGGCGGAACAGGAAGACGCGGGCAGCGCCGCGACCUCGCCGGGCGCGGGGCGGGGGCUGUGUCCGCGCACCCCCGGGGGAGCCUCGGCCGCGGCCCCUGCCUGGGACACCCCGUUGUCCUCUCAUCCCAUGUCAUAGCCCCUCCCCUAGGCCUGGGCACCCCUGACCCCAUUAUCCCCCCAGCCCCACUCGGGCGCUGACCCGCGUCCCCGCCGGUCCCUCUCCUCGGCGGGUCCCCGGAGCCCCCGCAGGAACCGCCCGUCAGCGCCUCUGCUGGCCCCCCGACCCGCGUUCUAGUCCCGCCGCCGAGCUCCAGCCCCGGCCCGGAACCCGGCCCAGCCCCGCGCUUCCGCCGGGCCACGCGCCGGCACCAGCUGGGAUGCAGCCCGCAGGCCUGGAGGCCGUCCGGGAGGCGGCGGGCCGCGACGUGCUGGCCGCGGACCUUCUGUGCAGCCUCUUCGCUUCGGCGCUGCAGAGCUACAAGCGCGACUCGGUUCUGCGGCCCUUCCCCGCGUCCUAUGCCCGCCACGACAGCAAAGACUUCGAGGCCCUGCUCGCUGAUGCUAGCAAGUUACCCAACCUUCGAGAACUUCUCCAGGCCUCGGGCCACAGAGACAGACGGGCCUGGGACCUGGUGGGCUGGAUUUUAUCUUCAAAGGCCCUGGCGAUCCACAGUGCAGGGAAGUCGGAGUUCGAGAAGAUUCGGAAGCUGACCCGUGCCACCCACGUGGCCGUUCCUGCGCCAAACUUCCUGUUUGAAAUCGAGUACUUCGACCCAGCGAAUGCCAAGUUCUACGAGACCAAAGGCGAGCGAGAGCUCAUCUAUGCCUUCCACGGCAGCCGCCUGGAGAACUUCCACUCCAUCAUCCACAACGGCUUGCACUGCCACCUCAACAAGACGUCCCUGUUUGGGGAAGGCACCUACCUCACCAGCGACCUGAGCCUGGCCCUCAUUUACAGCCCCCACGGCCUCGGGUGGCAGCGGAGCCUUCUGGGCCCUGUCCUCAGCUGCGUGGCCGUGUGCGAGGUCAUCGACCACCCGGACGUCAAGUGCCAGAUGAAGAGGAAGGAUUCCCAGGAGAUAGACCGCAGGCGAGCAAGAAUCAAGAACAGCGAGGGGGGCGACGUCCCUCCCAAGUACUUUGUGGUCACCAAUAACCAGCUCCUGCGGGUGAAGUACCUGCUGGUCUACUCACAGAAGCAGCCCAAGGGGGCGUGCCGUCAGCUCUCCUGGGUGUCCAGCCACUGGUUCGCCGUCAUGAUCUCCCUGUACCUGCUGCUGCUGCUUGCCGUGAGUGUCAUCAACUCCUCAGCCUUCCAGCACUUCUGGAGAUGCGUCAAGAGAUAAUCUCCCCGGCCCCCUGGUAUGGGGUCUGUCUUAGCCACGUGCCUUACGGUCAGCUUGUCCUGUGCCUCUCGCCACGAGGGGCGUGGGCGCCCGGGGAGCCCAGGAACGAUGUUCCUCCGCCAUAAACGUAUCCGCUGCCUUUGAUGAUCUCACCGGAAACCUCGGGGCCCUCGUGCUUGGCUUCCAGGGGAACCCUCCUGUCUGCUCUUUCCUAAACAGUCCCCGGGAGUUGGCUUCUCAGCUGGGGCCAGAGGAAAAAAGUCUUGCUGUAUUUAAAAACAAAGUGUCCGAGCUGUCAGGGGCCUGUUUACAAUUGCUCCUGGCAGCCGUGGGCCGUCUCUGCUGCCUUCUGGAAGACAGAAAACGUGGAUUGGGGACCAUAAAUCACGAGGCACUCGCCUUGUUUUGACUCCAGACAGCCAAGAGGAACAGUCAUGCUUCUCAUAAAAACCAGGGGGAUCUUUUUUUUUGGAGUCCCUGCAGCCUUUGAGUGUGAGUGCAAAACAUUUCCACACUUUCUUCAGAUCUACACUCGGGCCUGUCCUGUCGCAGAGGAAGGCAUUGGGGCUGGGGGCACUUGGGGAGUGAGCUGCUCACGUCGGUUCUCCUGCAUGCUGCCAACCGGCUCUGCUUCCUGCCGAAAGGGAGUCAGGUGUGCAAGUUCUGAUUUUUUUUUUCCCCCCUAAAUCGCCCUGACACAUGGUCUCUGUGAACUGAGGGAAGGGGAAGUUUCGGAAACACGAGCACCUCUCGCCUGUGUCCACAGCCUCUCUCCUGUUGGGGUGCAGAGACUGGGUGCUGUGGCGGGUCCGCCCUUCUUCUCACGAAGCGGCCUUGAUGGUGUCCAGGGCCUUCUGUGGGCCCCUUAACCUAUGGGCCACUCAUCCCCACUCAGCUUGGGCUUGCCACGGAAGAAACUAGCUGCCCAGGGAGCUGCCAAUCAUUGUCCCUGUCCUCCUUCCUGUGGGGCGUGGCCAUUCCCGG